GUCAAUUGGAUGUGAGAGCGAGCGGUCGGCCCGCGAUGUCAUUUAGAUUCAAGCCACUCGCAGAAAUGCUGUCGCGUCGACACAACUUCCGAAUAACCAGAAAAUAUUCGAGUCGCAAAUAUUAAAAUGAGUUAAUUAAUAAAAUGUCAAACUGGUGUUUUAAGUUUAGUUUGAUUUUGGUGUUCGUUUUCGAAGGUCGUGUCCUUCAAUCGAUAAACUAUUAAUUGCCGCGUGUGAUUGUCCGUCGCUGGCAGACAACGGAACUACGAGUUUUCGAUACAUAUUCAUACUGUGCCAAUUAGUUUUCUUACAUAUUUUUUUUUAAAUCGAAGUAGAAAACAAUAUAUAUCUAGUUUUGUAUGUGGAAAAGAACUUUAUUAUUAAUUCGUAUCUUCAUGGAAUAUGGGCAUCUGUUUGGACACAGAACAAAAUAAUGAGGAGUUGGAGACAACAGGCGGUGAACGCAGUCGUGGGACAAGCGCAUGGGCAGGGCGCGCCACUCCACCCGCCGCCGCUUUCCCCAUGCAGAAUUCAAGUCACGUCAAGUUCGAACCACCGAGUGUUCCAGUUAUAUUUAUAUUGGGAGGACCAGGUAGCGGGAAGGUGACCCACUGCGAUAACUUGAUGCAGGAGCGCCGUGGUGUCGUCCACAUCAACAUGACGGACCUCUUGCAGCAAUACGCCAUCGGAAACGACAUGCAGGAUUUCGGAACGCUAUCCAGUAAGACGGUGACCGAAGUUCUGAUGCUGGAAAUGAAGAUGGCUCCAACCGCGAAGACGUACCUCGUCUCCGGAUACCCUCGGUCGAUGCGCGACGUUGCCGAAUAUUCAGAUAAGAUACAAACAAUCAAUGGAGUGAUACUGGUCAGCUGGCGACAGAGGGUCCUAGAAAGGCAGAUCGAAUACGGGGCACGGCUGGGUCACGUCGUGCUGAGUCUGGCUCGGAUGGAGCUGAACAAUUUCUACAAGAACGUGAUGCCGGUAGCGGAUUACUUCGACCAGACCAACAUGCUGAUAGCGGUCAACGGCGAAAGAAACCCGGAGGAAGUGUACAGAGACUUCAGAGCGGCCGUUCUUCAAAUUCUCGGAGCGACAGAAGAUCAAUCCGCCAUGAAUGGAGUCAACGGUGUGGGUGUAGGAACUGGAGGCAUACCCGGUGAAAUAGUCGGUAUAGAAAGAGCCCCGGAGAGGGAAGGAUAUUCACGUGCGCGUGUGGAUGACAGCGGGUCAGACGAGGAAAGAACCGUCCAGGCUGUUAUGUCGACUGUGCCUGUUGCCAUGUCAAUUCAGAAUACGCAGAUCGAAAGGGUUGUCAGUCCUAAGGCGGAGGUAAUAAAAGUUCAUGGCGCAGCCACAACUCCGGCGGUUCUGUGGGUAGUGGGGGGCCCGGGGAGCAACAAGGCGACCCUUUGCCAAAGAGCCAUCGAGCAGAAAUCUGGAUGGACGCAUUUUAGCUUGGGUCAGCGUCUUCGAAGUCUAGCCGAUGCAGGGGGAGGCCCGGCUUCCGACGGAGCGCUGGCUCGCUCGGCAAUCAGCGGCGGUGAGCUGGCGCCAAACGAGCUGGUCUCCAAACUAGUGAAGGUCGCUAUGAACGAUGCAGCGAGAAGCGGCCACGGUCUCGUGCUGGACGGGUAUCCAAGAGAUCUGAGCCAAAUGGAACAAUUCCAGAGAGAGUUCCGUUUAUCGCCGCGCAUGGUUUUGCUGGACUGUUCCAAGCUGCAGCUCGGCCGAGGGAGGCGAGACGACUCGGUGGCCGCGUUCAGGAGACGACUUGAAGUGUUCCGCGAGCUCAGCCUCCCAAUGCUGAAGACUCUGGACCAGAGUCACAGGCUAAUGAUUGUCGACGGAGACACGGACUCGAUCGAAGUCCAGGCCGAGUUCACAAAGAUCCUGCUGGAGGAGAUGGAGAAGGCGGAACUCAUAGCCGCCAUCCCCGAAAACAGGAGACAGUCUCAAGGUCCUAGAUCAGACAUGACAGCGAUGCAGCAGUUCGCUCACGCCGUGUCCCGGAUGGGCAACGGGCACGCGAACGGUGUGCUGCCAAACGGAACCAUCCACAAUGGCGGCAUUGCUAAUGGAUUCGUGGGCGUUAAUAAUAAGGUAAAACCACUAUUGAAUAACGUGUCAAAGAUCCCGACCGUCUCCCAAAUGACGCACGACGACGUGAGACGUCUGUACGAACAGAACACAGGGGAAGUUACGUUCAAUACGCACAUUUAAUGAUAAGUAGCGCUAAGUACCAGACGCAAUAUGACUCAGAAACUUAAAUUUUACGUUAAUAUAAUGGAAAUGUAUGGUAAUGAUACGUCGUAACCGCUAACGAUAAAUAUCGCUAUCACAAGCAUAAAGGUGAAUUAAGCUUGUGGAGAAAAUAGCAGAUUGAUCUAAAAUUAUUUUUAAGCUAUCGCAUAGCUUUCAUCGCGGGCUUUGAGCGCGGCGACCGAAUCAAGAAAUUCCGUAACGAAAAUAAAACCUAACACCCCCACUCUCCCUACCAUGUAGCUCGCGUUCAACACAUUCACACGUUGCGCUUGUUUGUGAAUAAACGCGCAGCGUGACGUCGCACUGCAUGCGUAUCUUGAAAAGUCUGCCCAUCUCUCUCUCGCGCGGUCUAGCGUAUGGGUGUGAAGGGGACAGUUAAUGUUUUGCUUUUUUUAAUGUUUAUAAAUAUAACGUGGUCUUAUUUUAUUAUUGGUUUAAUAUUAAAUUAUUAUUGUCUAAUUAUAAUUGCAUAAGUUGAUAAGAAAUGCUAUGCAAUAGCUUUACCGCGGCAGUCCCUGAGUGCCACAUGUGUUUUUUACGUUUUUUUAGAGACCCAUAUCUAUAAUAUUUCGGUCGGUCAUAAUGCUCGCACACAAUUCGCUAUGCGAAAAUUAAGCGACUAGCAACACUAAAAAGAACUAGGAACAAUAAGCCUAUGAAAAUAGUAAAUUGAAUUGCAAAUAAUCAUAACCAAAUAUAAUUUUAGCACAUGGUUUUUUUAGGUAAGUUUUUACUAGACAAUUAUGAUGAUGAUCAAUUUCGAUUACUGAUUGAAUAAUUCGAAAAUCGGCCAUAUUUUGAUGAUAAGAUUUGCAGUAGAUGUAACAUUACACAAGUUUUGGUUCGUAACUUAGCAAGGAACAUAGACAAUAGUAACCUUAUCUUGUUAGAAUUUUGUUUAAAAAUUUGAAAAUACUGUGAUGUUCUUAAUCAAACAGAAAAUACGACUAACUUUGAUAAUGGUGACAAAAUAAUUAUUACUUGACGGGUAGCCAUCUUAAGACACAAGUUAUUUGACAGAUGCCGGAAUUUCGCUUACGUCAUUUUCAAGAUAAGUUAUAUACAUGUUCUUAAGUUAUAAUUAAGUCUUAAGUAAGUUAUAUUCAACUACUUAUAUACAAGUUCCGAACAACAGCGUUUGGGACAGCCCAUUGAGUUUCUUGCCGGAUUUGGUUGCAAUUCCGAUCCGGUGGUAGAUUCUAGGGCUAGUGUCAACGUCCUCAGUGCACUCACAUUUGUAUGAAGUUGGAGCGUUUGCGACUAGGGGCACUUUUCCAACACCAUACAAAUUUGAGUUAACUUUUACGCUAUCGAGAACGUUAAAAAACAUGCACUAAGCACACAGGCUAGAGCCCCGUGAGCUCACCUUCUCGCCCGGUUAAACUGACAUAUCGUUAACGUGAGCAUUUGGACUGUCGGCCCACCGAGCAGUAUAACCCGAUCGGUGGAAGAUGUUACCUUUUUCGUUAACCCCUAAAGUUUUUAAAACAAAACAACGUAAUUAUUAAAAUCGAAUUGUCAUACUGAGUGUUAGGAGACCGCUUCCGAAAACGAAAAUUUUGUACCUAAAAAGUUGUAAAUUUUGAGAAGCGCGGUAUCAGCGCCGCGUCGGUGUGCGUGUAAAAGAAACGCCGCGCCCGGGCGUUCGUUGACCCGAGCAUCAGCUGUUGUUGAUUUUGUGUUUCAUUGCCGAUUUUUUUUUUUGGUAAAGUAUUGUAUUUUUUAUGAAACGAUCGUUUAAUUUAGCUGUACUAAAAUUAUGGAUCGUAAAUAAUGCUAAUAAAACGUUUUAAAAAUAUGUUUUUUUUUUAUAAAUCAGGAUCGAAUUUUUUUCCGUCCCAUCAUCAAAGGCGUCAUUAGUACUAUAGUCUGUCUUCGUUUUCGGAAUCAAUCUCCUAACUCUCAGUAUAUUUACACGCUUACACUUUUUGUUAUUUAAUUAACUAUAUCGAUAGCGUAUCGCAAUAUUCUUGAUCGAUUUUUACCCCUCAGAAUGAAGUCAACAAUUUUAAUGUAUACUCAUGAAUAGGUUUGAUGAGAGAGAACACGUAAAAUGUGCCUAAUGAGAUUUAGUAAGUUUUAGCGAAUUACGAGUAAUAUCUACAUAAUGUACCUUUGUAAUUUUAUAAUUAGCAGUAGUUACUAUUGUAAGAAUUGAAUCUAUGUAAUAUGUGAACGUGAUUGUAAUUGCACAUUGAAUACUGCAGUUUCUAUAUUGCCCGCACUGAUUCAGGAGGUCAUGAUCAACAUCAUGGUUCCUCAAUCAAUCCCAGGGGCAUAACCAAUGUUCUACGUAGCGCCGAAGAAUUUUGUCAAAGGCGAGAGAAGGAGAGCAUCUUGUGGUGCUUAUUCCAGAGCCGGCUGGUACGUGGCAAACAUAAUCUCUAAACACAUCCCAGUGAACUCUGCUCUGAUGGCAAGAAGGGAAGGAGAUGACGGGACUAUCUCUAACACUUCAUCAAUUUCCUUUGUUUGAGUCAAGAUCAAUUCUUAUUUAUCGACAAUGUGCCUAUUUUAGGCGGACAGUGGCAAUGGCACCACUAAAAUUCGAAGAGGGGAGAGGAGUAAUUUGGAGGAAGAAACUGAGGAUAUCAAAUUUCUAAGAAAAAAAAUAUAUUGCCUAUAUCGGCGGACAAGCUUAAAGCCUAUCUGGUUACCGGAGUCCAUAGACAUCAACAAGGUAAAUACCGCUACCUACAUUGAGACACGAGUCCUAAGUCUCAGUUUUUACAGUACAAUGGCUUCACGGCAGAAUUAGGCAGAGCCGUGGUACCUACCCGAGAUGGCUCACAACACGCUCUACCAUCAGUAGAAUACAGUUUUUUUCUACAGUUCUACGGAUGAUUUAAAGGAAUCUGAUAACACCUGAGCUGGUAAUGGACAGCCUGAUGGAGAGCGCAAAAAUACCGUCUUAAAAUUCAAUGUUACGGAUUUACCAAAUACAAUUUGGAUGCAGCCUAUAAAAACGAACAUAAAAUAAGUGCCUUAGCUUAAAUUGCAUAGAUUUGAAAGAUAACUCACGAAGCUGUAAUAAUAACAACUAGAUUGAAUCUAAUAAAAAUCACUUUUAAGUGAAUAAGAUAGCUUAAUGUACGACAUGAGUUUUUAUUUAACCCUUUUAAUGCUGAGCUUGUUUUCAUAUAUUUUGCGGAUAUUGCUAAGGGGUUUAUGAAAAAAAGUACCAUAUAAAAACUAAAAAAAAAUGUAGAACAACACAGCAAUAACAAUUUUAAAUGGUUAUUUAUAAAUGUUAUUUUAUUAAAGACGUUAUGCGCGACUAACGUCCGUACAGGUCGAUACCAUAUGCCUAUAAUAAAACUGCGCAAAUAAUCGAUAUUACAACGCUCCGCACUCUAACGACGGUUCGCGCUCAAAGGGUUAAGUAACUCAAGCGCCCUUCAAGAGGCGACUCUAAGUUAAAACGGCAACUUCUUAGUUUAUCCUUUGUAAUUAAUCUUAUGUAUCGUGCAAUUUGAUUUGAUUUACGUUUACCUCAGGAAAAAAUAUGUGAUGACAAGUUUUUUUUUUUAAUAUACUGAUAGGAAUGUACUUUUUGAACAUUGAAUGUGAAAAAAAUCGUUGAAAACGACUAAUACCAAAAACAAAUAUUUAUGAGAUAUACUAAAACACAUUAAAGUACAAAUAAGCAUGUAGUGUUGCAUUAUUUAUUUUAGUAACAUAAUUGUAGAAUAGCUUAAGAAUAAGAAUAUUACUACAGUAAUAAGAGUAUAGUAAUAGUAUCUUUACACGUAGCUUUAGUAUCACCAAACAGGGGCCAAUCUAGAUUUAGACUUAGCUAGUAUUUACUAGUAUAUAGAUAUUUUAACAAACAGGAAAAAUAAAACGCACUAAUUUUAUAUGAACAUUAAAUGUUAAUUAGGGAUGUGUAUGGGUGUGAAAAAAUAUAAGUGGAAAUGAAUAAUUAAUUGUAUUUUGUUUUCAAAUUAUGUUUUGUGUGCAAUAAGAAUAUUGAUAUUAAAUAACAUGAUUGUAUUACAAUUCCUUUUUUUUUAGUUCAUCUAAACUUUUUAGAUCAAAAUCAACAUGUUCUGUUGCGUAAGAAAAUUUUAUUAUGUUUAUAAAAAAUGUUUAUUGUUAUGUACAAUUCCUAAAUAAAAAGCACUUUUUAAAAUAAA